GUUGAAGAAAAGAUACUACUAUAAUCCUUUUGUUGGAAAAACAUGGCAGGUGCACUUCCGUCGACCAUCGUGAUCAGCACGAGCACAGACAAUUAUGCAAGCCGCAAGGAGCGCGGGUUAGUCCGGGGUGGAAUGGAGAGCCUGCUGAGCCCGACGGUGAAGAUCACGGUGGAGCCCGCAGAAGCAGACAACGACCACAUUCAUCUCCGAUUCACCCACAGCAACAAAUAUUGGCAGAAACUGGAGAAAGGUUCCGCCAUCAUGGCAAACUCAAACGAGCCGAAUGAGGAAAAGGAGAAUCCAUCGUGCACGCUCUUCAAGGUGCGCGUGGAUUCGGAUUCGGAAACGCUCUACUUGACUCACGCCCAAACCAACAUGUCUGUUAUGUUUAAAAGCGAACGUGGAUACGGAGAUGUGUUGUACAUCGAGCCUCGACGCAGCUUCACUCCCUCGCCUCUGAGGUUCGUGGACGCGGGCACGCUGGUUAAACUGCCCAAGCACGUCGCUUUCAAGGCGGCCUACAAUGAUCGCUUCCUCAAAGCCGAUUACCAUAGAGACUACACUCACAUCUCCGGCCACCCCGUGGACUACAGAUACUUCCACUUCAAUUCCAACGAUCAGGAGGAAUUCAACUGCGGCUAUGAGGUGUUUCCGAUGGAGGACGGCCACGUGAUGAUAAAGUCCGAUUACUACGAUAAGUACUGGCUGCAGACCAACACUUGGAUUGCAGGGGCUGGUAACGACGUCGCCACGCCCACCAACAAAUACGCUCUCUUCUGGCCCAUCAAAAUCAGUGGCAAGGAAAACGUUAUCGCGCUGAGAAGCGCAGCCAACAACCUCUUCUGCAAGGGCCUCACGCUCGACGGCAAGUACGACUGCCUCAACGCGUGCGACCCCAGCAUGUCCAAAUACGCGCAGUUGGAAGUGCACGAGCUGGUGAGCAAGAGAAGCAUCCGCAACGUGAGGUAUCGGAUGGAGGACGCCAGGAUACACGGCCAGGAGCCUGUUGUGGUGGACACGGUCUCGUUCGAUAACCCCACGGAUCACGAGGUCACCGUGACUGAUUCAAUCGAGUACAAAACGGAGAAUUCCUACUCUUUCACUCAGGGCUUGUCGAUCACCUCAGGAGUCAAAGUCAGCAUGGAAGCUGAGCUGCCAUUCAUUGGUGGUGUAAAAACAGGGAUUGAAGUGCACCAUGAGAUAACUGGCUCCUUCAACUGGGGCCACACCAAAAUGGAAUCAAUAACUCACACGGGUACAGGCUCGGUUCCUGUGCCGCCCAAGAGUAAGGUUAUAGUGGACUGCGUCGUCACAAAGGGCACCUGCAAUAUCCCCUUUACUUACACUCAGGAGGAUCAGAGCUCCACCACCGGCAAAAUUCAUCGUUCUGACCACGUUGAUGGUAUCUACGAGGGAGUCAGUUAUUACAACUUCACCUUCCAAUUAAAAGAGACUCUCAUUAUCUGAACAUGGCUAUGGCCCUACCUUCACCAUCGAUCACCUUGGCUUGGCUUCGCAUCUUCUCAUAUUUCUAUGUUUUCCUUGUUAAUAUAAAUUAAUAAUCUACUAUAUGGAGUAUAUAUGUAACGUGCUUUGGUUUGAUAUCGUGUGUAACUAUGUACCCAGCUUGCUUUUCUUCAAAAAUAUCAAUAAAGAUCGAUGGUGUUGUGUGUUUUAA